AUGGCUCAAUCUGUUCCACCAGGAGAUAUCCAAACUCAACCAAAUGCCAAAAUUGUCUUCAAUGCUCCAUAUGAUGACAAACAUACCUAUCACAUCAAGGUUAUCAAUUCAUCAGCUCGUCGUAUUGGAUACGGUAUCAAGACAACCAACAUGAAAAGAUUGGGUGUUGAUCCACCAUGUGGAGUUUUGGACCCAAAAGAAGCUGUUCUUUUGGCUGUUUCUUGUGAUGCUUUUGCCUAUGGACAAGAAGACACCAACAAUGAUCGUAUCACUGUUGAAUGGACAAAUACUCCAGAUGGUGCUGCCAAACAAUUCAGACGUGAAUGGUUCCAAGGAGACGGAAUGGUUCGCAGAAAGAACUUGCCAAUUGAGUACAAUCCAUAA